AUGAACUUUGGUACCCUUGAACAACGCACCACGUCGUUUGGAACCUUUGAACAACGCAUCACGCCGUUUGGUACCUUUGAACAACGCACCACGCCGUUUGGUACCUUUGAACAACGCACCACGCCGUUUGAAACCUUUGAACAACGCACCACGCCGUUUGGUACCUUUGAACAACGCACCACGCCGUUUGGAACCUUUGAACAACGCACCACGCCGUUUGGUACCCUUGAACAACGCACCACGCCGUUUGGUACCUUUGAACAACGCACCACGCCGUUUGGUACCUUUGAACAACGCACCACGCCGUUUGGAACCUUUGAACAACGCACCACGCCGUUUGGUACCUUUGAACAACGCACCACGCCGUUUGGUACCUUUGAACAACGCACCACGCCGUUUGGUACCUUUGAACAACGCACCAGGCCGUUUGGUACCUUUGAACAACGCACCACGCCGUUUGGAACCUUUGAACAACGCACCACGCCGUUUGGUACCUUUGAACAACGCACCACGCCGUUUGGUACCUUUGAACAACGCACCACGCCGUUUGGAACCUUUGAACAACGCACCGAUCCGUUUGGUACCUUUUAA